AUGGCUGGACUGGGCGUAGGCCCCGCCCUCUCGCUGGGACGGGAAGUGAAGAUGGCGGCGGCGGCGGCGUUAGUGGCGGAUGAAGCAGAGCGGGCGCGGGGCCGGCGGGCCGCCCUGUCCUUCGCGGCCAUCGCUGUGGUGUUGGGGCUGCCGCUGUGGUGGAGGACGACCGAGACCUACCGCGCCGCCCUGCCCUAUGGGGACAUCGAGGGGCUGGGACAGCAGCCGUUCCAGCUGGCGGUCCCCGUCGCCGUGGUCUUCGCCCCGGGGUCGGUGCCCGGGGACCUGCCGAGGCCGCUGCCGUUCAGGGACGUGCAGGAGAUGGAGAUUUCCGUGAACGUGAGACCCAGCAUCACAUCCCGCUAUGAGACGGUCUAUCGCAGGACCACGGCUCAGGAGGAGGCAGCGCUGGAUGUGGCUACUGCACGAGAGGCUGACGCUGCUCUGCACCCGCUGCAGGACGCCUCGUUGGGCUCUCUGACCAUGUACGUGGUCCCCGAAACCUCCUCUCUCCUGCCUCAGGGCAUCAGCGUCUACGUGGGGAAGCACCGCAACGCCCUGCUGAGGGCUGGGGGGGGCCUGGCUGCCCUCCGCACCCGCCUCCAGCAGCUCACACAGGUGAUGUCCUUCACGGCCAGCUCCAUCUCUGCUGCCCUCUCGGACCGCGUGCCCAAUGGCCAUCUGGGCCCUGAUGCCCGGCGGCACUUGAAAUCCAGCCUGGGGUACGAGAUCACCUUCAGCCUGCUGAACCCCGACCCCAAGUCCCACGCCGUGGACUGGGACAUCGAGGAUGCCGUGAACCGCUACGUGCAGCCCGUCCUGGACAAACUGAGCUUGGUGGCCAACUUCUCUGUUGACUCGCAGAUCCUGUACUACGCCGUCCUAGGAGUGACACCACGCUUUGACAAGGAGUCCUCCAGCUUCCUCUUGAGCGCUCACAGCCUCCCGCACGUCAUCAACCCUGUGGAGGCCCGGCUGGGCUCCAGCGCUGCCUCACUCUACCCCGUGCUGAACUUCCUGCUGUACGUGCCAGAGCGCUCCCACUCCCCUCUGUACAUCCAGGACAAGGAUGGAGCCCCAGUGAGCACCAACGCCUUCCACAGCCCCCGCUGGGGCGGCAUCAUGGUUUACAACGUUGAAGCCCCUGCUUCCCCCCAAGUCUCCCUCCCGCUGCACGUGGAUGUGGACAUGGUGCGAGUGAUGGAGGUUUUCCUGGCCCAGCUCCGGUUACUCUUUGGGUUAUCUCGGGAGGAGCUGCCCCCCGAGUUCCUGCUGGAGAGCCCAGGGACCGAGGGGCUGGCUGACUGGGAGCUGGACCGCCUGCUCUGGGCCCACACUGUGGAGAACAUUGCCACUGUGUCCACCACCUUGACCUCACUGGCCCAGCUCUUGGACAAGAUCGGGAACAUUGUCAUCAAAGAUGAUGUCGCCUCUGAGGUGUACCAAGCGGUGGCCUCAGCGCAGAGUGCCAUGGCCGAGCUGGCCGCGGGCCACCUGCACUUGGCUUUCCAGGCCAGCAAGGAGGCAGUCACCUCCUCAGAGCGGGCCUUCUUUGACCCAUCUCUCCUCCAUCUCCUCUACUUUCCUGAUGACCAGAAAUUUGCCAUCUACAUCCCGCUCUUCCUGCCUAUGGCCGUCCCCAUUCUCCUCUCCCUGGCCAAGAUCGUCCGGGAGGCCAGGCAGCGUAAGAAGGAGCCCACCAAGAUGGACUGAGCCCAUGGUGAUGGUGUCCCGUCUUGGGGCUGGAGCUGUACCCGCUUCGUCGAGUGUGUUGUCAUGGACCUAUGGCCAAAGAAGGCACCCCAGAACGGUGUUAAGGCCAGGCUGCGGCCAAGAUGGAGGAGUGGGAAGAGAGGCUGCUUUGAGGGGUGGGAGAUGCUCUCAAUCUGGGUCCUGCGCCCUCCAUCCUGAAAGGCAGAGAGAUCAUAGAGGAGGGCAGGGGGGGACCUCCCUGUGUGCACCCCUGGCCCUGCACUGUGUUCAGAACAUGCUGCUGUAUAAAUAAAGAAAAACCCCAGUUUUGGGGGGGGGCUGGUG